AUGACGCCCAGCGUCACUUCACCUCCCACACCCGCAACAAACGAAGCUUUGACAAUGAUCGACAUCCUUGGGGUCAUCUUCAAAGCCUGUCUUGCCUUGAACUUUUCUGUCGAAUGGCACAACGACGUUCGGCAAAAGAUGGCUCUUGGGGCGGUGUGCAGGUGUUGGAAAUUCACCUUGGAGUCACUUCCCGCCUUGUGGUCGCACAUAAUUCUGGUCCCGCGAAUGCCUCAGUAUUACAUCGACAAGGUUUUUCGACUUGCCAAGCAAGCUCCGAAACGUUUGCGCAUCGACCUUGACCUGGACUCGGAAUUGGAUACCAUGUUUUUGUCUUCGAUUGCCGCUCUGCUGGUUGCCAAAGCGGAGACAGUCACUCAUAUCUCCGUUCAAUAUAUUUCCUAUUCCGCCUGGAACACAUUUGUCGACCAUUUAUCAGCGGCCAGUCCUCAACCCCGCUUUCUCUCGCUCAGAUCCUUCUAUGCGACUUCUCCUACCGCCCUGCACAACCAACUCGGAGAUGCCGUCCCACAUUCGUUUCCGGAUCUCGCAGCAAACCUCCAAGACCUUUAUCUUGACGGAUUGCCUCCGUCGUCGUUUGUCGUUGGUCCCAACCUGAUAUCGUUGUCUCUAACAAACCUUUACUUGGCCGAGGACGAUACGGCUUCUUUCACUUUCACGACGACAUUGUUGGACUCUCUUCGCCAAACUCCCCAUCUCGAAACGCUUUUCAUUGAUGUGGAUGAGUCCUUCACAAACCAGCCUGUGCCCCACAAACCAGUCGUCCUGCCUUACCUGCACACCCUGUCCUUUCUCUGCAACAUGCCCUUUCCACAUCACUGUGGUUUCCUGCUUUCCCUAGUCCACCUUCCGAAACUACACAGUCUCUCACUGCAUCUGGUCAGUGUGCAGAACGUGAACAAUUUCAUCUCGGUGAACGGGACCCACCUUUCGACCAUUGUUGUGCUGCGUCUUAUCGGCGACAUUUCGGCUUAUAUCGAAGUUCACUGGUGGUCGAGCAAAGCUCUUGUCUUCGUUGACAGGGAGCAGGCUUCGUCAUUUAGACUUUCUUGA